AUGUUCAAACUGCGCAACUCCAGGUUCGAGGGCAUGAGGGAACAAGAGCUGCACAUCGUGCUCGAGGCCGCUAUUACUGGGAUGGUAUACGGUAGAGAUGAGACGAGCGUCCCGAGUCAAACCAUCACGGGGGUUGGGACCGGAGGCAUGAUUGAGCGCAGUGGCGCUAUGGAUUUUGGCUGGACGAACGAUGCCAAAUUCUCGUCCUUGAACACUGUCGACUCCAGAGAGAUAAAGGAAGCCCGCGCUACUGGCGGCGAUGCGUCGCAGCUAAAAAGACGUCUGCGUGAAGCUAGUCAUAUGAAUGUUGCCACGGCCGUCGUCAAAGCAGCGAAAUUGGUCUACUCGACUGGUCGGAUGUCCGUGGUGUGGACGAGAAUAAAGUGA